AUGGAGGUUAUCGAUAUCCAGGCAGUCGAAUCAAAAUUAAGUGAUGUUACAGUCACGGCAAUUCCUUGUAUAACGCCAAAAACACCACAAUCCAAUGGAACUAAUACUAGCCAUCAUAAUCAUACUCAACAAGUUAUGGGACAGUCAAAAUAUGCACAAUUGUUAAGUGUUAUCGAAGAAAUGGGUAAAGAAUUACGUCCAACAUAUUCGGGCAGUAAAAGUUCAGCAGAACGAUUGAAACGAGGUAUUGUACAUGCUAGAAUUCUUGUACGAGAAUGUUUAAUGGAAACCGAACGUAGUGGAAGACAAUAA